GUGAGACACCACUGAUUUGUUUCCAGUUGGCGGCCAACUGCGCUCAGAAGUUCCCGAAGAGUGCGGGCCUGGCCAGUCCGAAAGACAUCUCCAGUGCUGCCUGGGCAUCUUCGCAGCUGCUGUCCAUGUGGGGCGACGAAGAAUCUCUGUCGAG